AUGCAAACAACAUAUGCCUGGAUCGCCCUGCGUACCAACCUCAUCCUCUACUCGCUCAUGGGCGCCGCCGGUCUGGUCGGGCUGAUCAUCAUCCUUGACACGCGGUCUUGUCGCUUGUUCCGGGCCUCGGUUGUUGCCCGGUCCCCCGCCGGCCGGCGGGGCGAGCGGCUCGCCCCGGCCCCGUGGGGGUGUGCGCCCCUGGCACGCCUGUUCGCGCGGGGCCGCGUGCACCGGAGCGCGGAGGGCGCCCGAAGCGAGGAACGUGCCCGCCACGACACGGCUCUUCCCGGGUAA